UGCAGGUUUGUCAGAUAAUGCAGCAGACUUUGAGAAGAGAAGGCAAAUAUACGGUGUGAACUUCAUACCUCCCAAAAAACCCAAAACCUUCCUGCAGUUAGUCUGGGAAGCCCUUCAGGAUGUGACUCUCAUCAUUCUAGAAAUUGCUGCCAUCGUCUCUCUGGGCCUUUCAUUCUAUGCACCGCCAGGAGAACAAAGUGAGAACUGUGGGAAUGUGCAGGCUGGAGGACACGAAGAAGGGGAGGCAGAGGCUGGGUGGAUUGAGGGGCCGCCAUUUUAUUGUCUGUCAUUUGUGUGGUGUGGGUGACGGCCUUCAAUGACUGGAGUAAGGAGAAGCAGUUUCGCGGGCUGCAGAGUCGCAUUGAGCAAGAGCAAAGAUUCUCCGUCAUCAGAAAUGGACAAGUCAUACAGAUCCCAGUGGCUGAGCUCGUCGUGGGAGACAUCGCCCAAAUAAAAUAUGGCGACCUGCUGCCCGCAGAUGGAGUUCUGAUCCAGGGAAACGAUCUGAAGAUUGAUGAAAGCUCGUUGACAGGAGAAUCGGAUCAUGUGCGCAAGUCUGUAGAAAAGGACCCGAUGCUGCUUUCUGGUACACAUGUCAUGGAGGGUUCUGGCAGGAUGGUGGUGACAGCUGUUGGUAUCAACUCACAAACUGGAAUCAUUUUCACCUUGCUUGGCGCUGGUGGAGAGGAGGAAGAAAAGAAAGACAAGAAAGGAAAGCAGCAAGAUGGGGCAGUGGAGAAUAUUCAAAACAAAGCUAAAAAGCAGGAUGGAGCGGUUGCCAUGGAGAUGCAGCCACUGAAGAGCGCAGAAGGUGGGGAAAUGGAGGAGAGAGAGAAGAAAAAGACCAGCAUUCCAAAAAAGGAGAAGUCCGUGUUACAAGGGAAACUUACCAAACUGGCGGUACAGAUAGGAAAAGCAGGUCUGGUGAUGUCGGCAAUUACAGUUAUCAUCUUGGUGCUCUACUUUGUGAUUCAAACCUUUGUGGUGGAUGGCAAAGUGUGGCUAGCGGAGUGUACCCCUGUCUACGUGCAGUACUUUGUCAAAUUCUUCAUCAUUGGAGUUACUGUCCUAGUGGUGGCUGUGCCAGAGGGCUUGCCUUUAGCCGUUACCAUCUCUCUAGCCUAUUCAGUCAAGAAAAUGAUGAAGGACAACAACCUUGUACGGCACUUGGACGCUUGUGAGACCAUGGGCAACGCCACUGCCAUCUGCUCUGACAAAACAGGGACUCUGACAACCAACCGGAUGACUGUCGUCCAGUCCUACAUUGGAGAUCUCCAUUAUAAAGAGAAGCCAGACCCCAGCAGCCUCAAUUCCAAAACCUUGGACCUGCUUGUUAAUGCCAUUGCCAUUAAUUGUGCCUACACCACUAAAAUACUACCUCCAGAAAAAGAUGGAGCGCUUCCCCAGCAAGUAGGCAAUAAAACUGAGUGCGCCCUGCUUGGGUUUGUUCUGGAUUUGCAACGGGACUACCAGCUGGUGCGAGACCAGAUUCCUGAGGAGACGCUCUACAAAGUGUACACAUUCAACUCUGUCCGUAAGUCCAUGAGCACCAUCGUGUGCCUGCCAAAUGGAGGAUUCCGGCUAUACAGCAAAGGAGCUUCAGAGAUCAUGCUGAAAAAGUGUACAAACAUCCUAAAUGCUGGUGGCGACCUCCGCACUUUUCGGCCCAGAGAUCGUGAUGAGAUGGUAAAGAAGGUCAUCGAACCAAUGGCGUGUGAUGGGCUGCGUACCAUCUGUGUUGCCUACCGAGACUUCCAAGGAGUACCUGAGCCAAACUGGGAAAAUGAGAAUGAGAUAGUGGGAGACUUGACAUGUAUUUGUGUGGUGGGAAUAGAAGACCCUGUCAGGCCGGAGGUGCCAGAAGCUAUCCGGAAAUGCCAGCGCGCAGGGAUCACAGUCCGCAUGGUCACAGGGGACAACAUCAACACGGCACGAGCCAUUGCAGCCAAAUGUGGCAUCAUCCAGCCAGGGGAGGACUUCCUGUGCUUGGAAGGAAAGGAAUUCAACCGACGAAUCAGGAAUGAGAAAGGAGAGAUAGAACAAGAACGUCUGGAUAAAAUCUGGCCGAAGUUGCGUGUCCUUGCCCGGUCUUCGCCAACUGAUAAACACACGCUUGUAAAAGGGAUCAUUGACAGCACAAUCGGUGAACAACGUCAAGUGGUGGCAGUGACAGGAGAUGGCACCAACGAUGGCCCAGCACUCAAAAAAGCAGAUGUUGGAUUUGCAAUGGGAUUGGCAGGCACAGAUGUCGCCAAGGAAGCCUCAGAUAUCAUCCUAACAGAUGACAAUUUCUCCAGCAUUGUCAAAGCUGUUAUGUGGGGCCGCAACGUAUAUGACAGCAUUUCAAAAUUUCUUCAGUUUCAACUGACCGUCAAUGUGGUAGCUGUGAUUGUGGCAUUUACUGGGGCCUGCAUCACUCAGGACUCACCACUAAAAGCAGUGCAGAUGCUUUGGGUAAAUCUAAUUAUGGACACCUUUGCAUCCCUGGCGUUAGCAACGGAACCCCCUACAGAAUCACUGCUUCUACGCAAACCCUAUGGAAGAAACAAACCCCUUAUAUCUCGCACCAUGAUGAAAAAUAUACUUGGUCAUGCAGUCUACCAACUCGUCAUUAUCUUCACAUUGUUGUUUGUUGGUGAAAUCUUCUUUGACAUUGACAGUGGCAGAAAUGCCCCGCUACACUCCCCUCCUUCUGAACAUUACACCAUCAUUUUUAACACCUUUGUCAUGAUGCAGUUGUUUAACGAAAUCAAUGCACGCAAAAUCCAUGGAGAGAGGAAUGUAUUCGAUGGUAUUUUUUCAAACCCAAUUUUCUGUAGCAUAGUGCUGGGCACUUUUGGAGUCCAGAUUUUGAUUGUCCAGUUCGGAGGGAAGCCCUUCAGCUGUUCUCCUUUUAAACACACAACAAUGGCUGUGGUGUCUGUUUGUGGGAGUGGGGGAGCUUGUUUGGGGACAGCUCAUUUCCACCAUCCCCACCAGCCAGCUGAAGUGUUUGAAGGAAGCAGGUCACGGGCCAGGCAAAGAUGAAAUAACAGAUGAAGAGAUGGCUGAAGAUGAAGAAGAAAUUGAUCAUGCAGAGAGAGAGCUCCGCAGGGGUCAGAUCCUAUGGUUCCGUGGGCUGAACCGUAUUCAGACACAGAUCCGGGUGGUGAAAGCAUUCCGUAGUUCCCUCUACGAAGGCCUAGAGAAACCUGACUCCAAGACCUCCAUUCACAAUUUCAUGGCAACCCCUGAGUUUUUGAUCAACGAUUACAUCCAUAAUAUACCCCUUAUCGAUGACACAGAUGUGGAAGAUAGUGAGGAGCCUCCGGGUAAAGUGCUGUGGUCCAUUCCACCUCCAUCUCCCAACAAGAACAACAACGCUAUUGAUAGCGGUAUCUACUUGACCACAGACACAAGCAAGUCGGCUGCCUCUUCCAAUCCAGAAAGUCCUUUGCACAGUGUGGAGACUUCUCUCUAA